UGGGACAUUCCACAGCAGGAUUCAGACUGUCUGAUCUGAUGGAAAAACUGGGAAAACAGGACUGAUUCACUAAAACACUGCACUUGUUUUCCCAGAUGGUUUUCUUAAGAUACAACUGCCUAAGUAGUUAAUGCUGCCUUAAAUUCUUUGGUAAGGUUCUCACAGCUUCUUCUGCAUUAGACUCUAUAACAAAUAGAAUUUUACAAGGUAAUCAAAUAGAAAGGCAGUCUAGGCCACAUGAACCACUCUCAAGAUACACAUUUGCCACUACUAAGUUUAACAAGUUAUCUCUUCAUACACACUUAAUUGGGUAUCAGAAAUAUUUCUGAAAACUACUGAAAGCUGUGCUGCUGCACAGCACCACAAAGCUUCUGCCAUUUUGCUAUGAGUGGGACUUUGGUACUGACAGCAGUGGAUAAAACCAGCCUUGAAAUCCCUCAGCAACCCAAUUUAACUGCUUGGGAGAUGUGCCCCAGCCAGUUGCAUCCCAGCUAAGCCAGGCACAGGCAGAAUGGCCUGGCCCGGCUGUCACACACUGAGAGAGGGCAGGAAGGAGGUACAAGCAGCCCUAGGCAAUCCAUGUUUCCAGGUGGUGGCUACCGCAGUCAAGAAUCCUCUGAUUAUAUUUUAUCAUGCUUGCAUUUACAGGUGACUGGGAAGAAGGUGGAUGAUAAAGAGACUGGCAGCUUCCUCCCUGAGGACUUCAAGAAUGGAGAGUAUGAAGCUGCUGUAAGGUUAGAGAAGCAGGAGGACCUAAAGACAGUCCCUGAGCACUCCUUGGCCCGAGGUCAUCUGGAUUAUGAAAAGGAGAAUAAACUAGAAGCAGAGCUGAAGAAGAAGAAAUUACAGGCCAGGUCAAAACUUGAAAAUUUGGAGGAUCUUGAAAAAAUUAUUGAGCUGAAGAAGAAGAAAAGAUGCAAGAAAGUGAAAGCUCCUGUUUUAAAGAAGCCUGAACCAGAAGUUAUUACAGGACCUGUGGAUAUUCCCACAUUCUUCAAAGCUGCACUGGAGAAUAAGUUGCCAGUAAUUGAAAAAUACCUGUCAGACAAAGGGGAUCCAAAUGUCUGUGAUAAGUUCAAACGCACUGCGCUGCACAGGGCGUGCUCUGAAGGACAUCUAGAGGUGGUGAAGAAGCUGGUGGAAGCUGGAGCCCAGCUUGAACAGAAAGACAUGCUUCAUUCUACAGCUCUGCACUGGGCAUGCCGGGGUGGAAACCUGGACGUUCUGAAAUUCCUACUGGACAAAGGGAUAAACAUAAAUGCAAGAGAUAAGCUGCUCAGCACGCCCCUGCACGUGGCUGUUCGGACAGGUCGCUACGACUGCGGGGAGCACCUCAUCGCCUGCGAGGCCGAUCUCAACGCCAGGGACCGGGAAGGGGACACGCCAAUGCACGACGCCGUGAGGCUGAACCGCUACAAAAUCAUCCGGCUUCUGAUCCUGCACGGAGCAGAUCUGACUCUAAAGAACUGCGAAGGGAAAACUCCUAUGGAUCUUGUCCUUCAGUGGCAGAAUGGCACCAAAGAGAUAUUCAACAGCCUGAAAGACAAUUCCAAAAAGAAUGCCCGUCUAGGUAAAUUCUGAGGAGAGAAACCAGACCACGCCCUUUUGCUGCUUUGAAAUGCUGCCCACAAACCUGGAUGAAAAUGUCCUUGAACAUCUAUUGAAAAUAUUUAUUGUACUGGAUUAUUUGUGGUGCCUUCACUGAAACUGCAAGAAACCUACAAAGAAAUUAUUUUAAAAGACAGGUUGAGUGUUAAAAUUCCACUAGUUCUAAAAUGGCUUUAUUUAUUUCUAUUUAUUAUUUAUUUAUUUAAAAGUAAUUUUUAAUUAUGUUAUUUAAGCUUUUUUUUAUAGGUGCAAUUGGUCUAAAUGCAAUUUUUGCCAGCAACAUAAAUCCUUUGGUCUUAAAUGGCAGAAUUUUCAACUGUAGUAGCAAGUUUUCUCAAGCCUUCCAAUAGCUCUAAAUAGCAAAUACUUGCAGCUGUUGCCUUGUCUCACUGCUAAAAUAACCUGUGAAUGGAGUGGUGGUAUGUGGAAGAGCACUGGAAGGAGGUGUACUGAGGUGCCAAGAGGAUUUAAUGAAGCAGUCGAGUAAUGGUGUUUACCCAGGGUUUGGCAAUCAUGGUUGAUAACGAGCUCGAGGACAGAGCUCCAACCACCAUGUACCCCUUUGGGCUGAAGGAUUCAGAUUUAAUGUUGUGAAGGUCAGAGGAGACUGUAUCAGGGAAGUGAAUUUUUUAAAAGCCAGACUACUACAAAGUAUGAUGAUAGAAGAAUGCAAAAUCAGAUUAUGUAUAUUUGUAAAUUUGUACUGCUUUUUCUGUACAUUUUGAACUGAUCCAUUUCAGAUUAAAUUAACUGAGUGGUUCUUUU